AUGAAGGCAAGGUUAUCUUUUUCUGCUAUUAUAUUAUUCUUUGCGUUGCUUAUUGCUUCGGUGAAUGCUCUUCAGUUGGAGAUUCAAGCAAAGAAGUCACCACAAGCUACUUGCAUUAGAGAUUUUGCACUUCAAGGUCAGUUGGUCGUUGUCAACAUUAAGACCAGCGGAAGAUCUGGAGAUGGGCAACAAUUGGACCUUAGAGUCGUUGAUCUGCUUGGUAACGAACACAGACAUAAGAGUGAUAUAGCUGGCUCAACUAAAGUCGCGUUUACAAGUCACCAUAAUGCAGCUUUUGAUGUUUGCUUUGAAAACCAUUUAGUUGGUCAUGGUUCUUCAAGAAGUAAUUUGUAUAGAGAGGUUGAAUUAGACGUUGAAAGUGGAGCUUCUGCGAGAGAUUGGAAUGCUCUUCAAACAGCUGAAAAAUUGAAGCCAGUAGAGGUUGAAUUGAUCAGAAUUAAGGAGACCACUCAGGAAAUCGUCAGCGAAUUGCAAUACUUGAAGAGAAGAGAAGAAAAAAUGAGAGAUACGAAUGAAUCAACUAACUCCAGAGUCAAAUGGUUCUCGAUACUUAUUAUUGGCUCCUUAGUUGGAUUAGGUGCAUGGCAAAUUCAAUACUUACGUUACUAUUUUAAGGUCAAACAUAUCAUUUGA